GCCCAGCGCGGGGAGCUCGCGUCCCGGAGCAGAGGAGACAGCGUAUCCCGACCGCCAGGAUCCAUUUCUGAGAAAAUGGCCCAGAUGUCUCAAGUGCAGGAGCUCUUCCAUGAGGCAGCCCAGCAGGAGGCCCUGGCCCGGCCCCAGCCCUGGUGGAAGAUCCAGCUGUUUGUGUGGGAGCCAGUGCUGUUCGGGACCUGGGACGGUGUGUUCACAUCCUGCAUGAUCAACAUUUUUGGGGUCGUUCUCUUCUUGAGGACUGGCUGGCUGGUGGGAAACACAGGUGUGCUCAUGGGCAUGUUCCUGGUGUCCUUCGUCAUCCUGGUGGCCCUCAUCACUGUGCUGUCUGGCAUCGGUGUCGGGGAGCACAUUGGUGUUGGCAGUGGUGGCGUGUACUCCAUGAUCUCCUCGGUCCUCGGUGGGCGGACUGGAGGCACGAUUGGGCUGCUGUAUGUGUUUGGACAGUGUGUUGCAGGUGCCAUGUACAUCACUGGCUUUGCUGAGUCCAUCUCAGAUUUGCUGAGCCUCAGGAAUAUCUGGGCCGUGCGAGGAAUUUCAGUCACAGUGCUUCUGGCCUUGCUGGGGAUUAAUCUAGCAGGCGUCAAGUGGAUAAUCCGCCUCCAGCUGCUGCUGCUGUUCCUACUGGCUGUGUCCACGCUGGACUUCGUGGUGGGCUCUUUCACACACCUGGACCCAGAACAUGGUUUUAUUGGAUAUUCACCAGAACUCCUGCAGAACAACACCCUGCCGGAUUACAGCCCCGGGGAGUCUUUUUUCACUGUUUUUGGAGUGUUCUUCCCAGCAGCUACAGGAGUCAUGGCCGGUUUCAACAUGGGGGGUGACCUCAGGGAGCCUGCUGCCAGCAUCCCCCUGGGCUCCCUAGCAGCUGUUGGCAUCUCGUGGUUUCUAUACAUUGUCUUUGUCUUCCUGCUUGGUGCCAUCUGUACCCGAGAGGCCCUUCGCUAUGACUUCAUGAUAGCUGAGAAGGUUUCCCUAGUGGGCUUCCUCUUCCUAUUGGGUUUAUACAUCUCAUCUCUGGCCUCCUGUAUGGGAGGCCUCUACGGAGCCCCCCGGAUCCUACAGUGCAUUGCGCAGGAGAAAGUGAUUCCAGCACUGGCCUCCCUGGGGCAAGGGAAAGGACCAAAUAAAACACCCGUAGCUGCUAUUUGUCUGACCAGCCUGGUGACCAUGGCCUUUGUCCUUGUGGGUCAGGUGAAUAUUCUGGCUCCCAUUGUCACCAUCAACUUCAUGCUGACGUAUGUCGCAGUGGACUACUCUUACUUCUCCCUGUCCAUGGGUCCCUGCAGCCUCCCACAUGUGCCUCGUUCCAUGCACAGAGAAGACACAGGAGUUCUCCACUGCUCCGAGCACCUGCUUUUGGAGAAGGUUCCCAGCUAUGGCUCUGAGGGUCCUGCUCGAAACCUCUCUGAGGGCACUCUGCUGGAAUUCACUAAGGACAUGGACCAGCUCCUCCAGCUAACCAGGAAACAUGAGAGUAGCCAGCCCAGACGAGUGGAGAGUGAUGGGGUACUGGAGAGUCAGAAGGGAAAGCACAAGAAGGCCACCAAGCAAACAUUACAAGAUAGCUUCCUCUUGGACCUCAAGUCCUCUGCUUCUCCUCAUGCUGAAGGCUCUGACCAGCUGCCCAUUGCUUCUUGGGAGGAGCAGGAGUCCUGCUGGAACAAGCAGAGUUCUAGGAGUGAAAGGGCUCAGCCUAGGGGGGUAUAUGAAGAACCUGUUCCUGAGCUCAGUAACCAGUUAAGGCCAAGUGGAGAAGAUUUUUUCCUGAAGUCCGGGCUCCAGGAACAGUAUGCCCAGAAGAGACCAACUUCUUUCUAUACCCGCAUGUGUAACCCCUGGAUCUCCCUGUUGGGAGCUGUUGGGUCCCUCAUCAUCAUGUUUGUGAUCCAGUGGGUCUAUGCUCUGGUUAACAUGGGCGUUGCUGUUAUGGUGUAUUUCUACAUUGGCCAGACUAGUCCAGGGCUUCACCUUGGAUCAGCCUCUGACUUCAGCUUUUUCAGGUGGAUGAGGUCGCUUCUGAUUCCCUCCUGCAGGAGCUUGCGAUCCCCCCAAGAACAGAUCAUUUUGGCACCAUCGCUGGCUAGGGUUAACAUGGAGAUGACUCAGCUCACCCAGGAAAACACAGACUUCGCUACUCGGGAUCGCUACCAUGGCUCUUCCCUUGUGAGUCGGGAACAGCUGAUGCCUCGGUACUAGAGUACUGGGUACUCAGUACUAGGCAGCCCUGGGUCCCUCCUGCCUUGUGCUCUUGGUCCAGUGCACGAUGGACCCAAAGCCUAGAACCCUUGUGGAACUGAUUCUCCUCAGUCAGAAACUCAAGACGUCUUCACACUGUCAUUUGAACUGUGGAAAUCUUCUUUCUGGUCUGGAACACCAAGUCUAACCAGGGCAAUUGUUGGCCUGGCAGCAGCCUCCACAGCAUGCAUCCCAUUUGAGGAGCCCCUAUGGACACCUACGACUGCAGGCAUGGAGAAUGAGGCCAGAUUGUUUAUU